UAAAACAACAGGCAGAGCCCAAAGCCACACAGCCAAUCGGCCAUGGCGAGCACGAUAAGGCUCUCUUCUACCCCAAACUUUCUUGCUCCUCCUCCUAACCCUCUCCGCCGCGUCACCGCUCUUCGCUUCCGAGCUGUCCGAAAAAGACCCUUCGCCUCCGAGAAACCGGUUUCGGUUUCGGCCUCGGCCUCCUCUUCUUCGAAAGGCCUCGAAGUUCUGGUAUUCGACUGCGACGGCGUGAUCCUGGAGUCCGAGCACUUGCACCGCCAGGCCUACAACGACGCUUUCGCUCACUUCAAUGUCCACUGCGCUUCGUCAUCACAGCCUCUCAAUUGGGGCUCAGACUUCUACGACGUGCUCCAGAAUCGAAUCGGAGGCGGCAAGCCCAAAAUGCGAUGGUACUUUGGGGAGCACGGGUGGCCGUCGUCGACUAUAUUCGACAAGCCGCCGGAGGCCGAUGAGGACCGAGCCAAGUUGAUCGAUACUCUUCAGGAUUGGAAGACUGAAAGGUACAAAGAAAUAAUCAAAUCUGGAACUGUGGAACCUAGACCUGGGGUUUUGAGAUUGAUGGAUGAGGCCAAGGCUGCUGGUAAAAAAUUAGCUGUUUGCUCUGCAGCAACUAAAAGUUCGGUUAUACUGUGUCUUGAAAACCUUAUAGGAAUUGAGCGCUUUCAAAGUCUUGAUUGCUUCCUUGCCGGUGAUGAUGUGAAGGAAAAGAAGCCUGAUCCUUCAAUUUAUCUGACAGCUUCCAAGAGGCUAGGCGCAUCACCAAGAGAUUGUUUGGUAGUGGAGGACAGUGUUAUUGGAUUACAGGCAGCAACAAAAGCGGGCAUGCCAUGUGUGAUUACCUACACAUCUUCAACAGCUGAGCAGGAUUUUAAAGAUGCAAUAGCCAUCUAUCCUGAUUUAAGUAAAGUAAGAUUGAAAGACUUGGAGUUAUUGCUUCAAAAGGUUGUCCCUGCCAGUUAGAAAACGCAUCAAAUUUUUCUAAACUGCCAGUAGAGCCUGUGUAGUUUUUUGGUAGAAUUUUGGCUGUGAUUGAAAUUACCCAAUUGUCUCUGGCAUUUGUCUUCAUGUUAAAAAAUCACCCUUUUGAUUUACCAGCCCCUUGAAAAAAAAUGGUCCUUACAAUCGAGUGUAUCUUCCAUGUGAAUUUUAGAAACUUUUGAACUAUUUUGCAGCAAUUUGCUUCUCCGAUAUUGAUUUGCUUUGGUUCA